AUGCAUCACAGUUCAGGGUUUGGGUGGCUUGGAUUUGGCAGCUUCCGCCAGCGCAACAAAGGGCACACCGUCGAGGUGUACUUGGGAGGACGCAGCACGCUAUAUCACGUAUAUAAACGGCCGUUUGUGGACUAUUUUUUGCGCAAGGUCUCUGGAUGGUACACUCUGGUCAUUUUCACGGCGUCCAUGCAAGAGUAUGCGGACCCUGUCAUAGACUGGUUAGAUGCUGGACGUGGUAUACUUGCGAAGCGGUUAUUCAGAGAGUCUUGUACGGUGCUCUCCAAUGGAUCAUACAUUAAAGACCUUUCUCUCAUCGAAGAGGACCUUUCCCGCGUUUGCCUGAUCGAUAAUUCUCCCAUCAGCUACAGUAUCAAUGAAGCAAACGGUAUUCCCAUUGAGGGCUGGACGCAUGACCCAUCGGAUGAAGCACUUCUGGACUUGCUUCCCGUCCUGGAUUCCCUUCGGUUCACGAAGGAUGUUCGCAGGGUGCUCGGUCUCCGCGGGUUUUCGCUUUUAUCAUGA